AUGAAGAAGUUUCUGGGGACCAUUAGCUUCUCCGGCAUCGGAGGCCGGAAACGGCCAAGUCCGAGCCGUGGUGUCCUCGAGGCCUCAUCUGCAACGGAAUCCUCCGGCUCGGCGUAUUUUGGGUCGCCUCUGUCGACGGUGCUGCAUACAAGCAGCAUCAAUCUCAGUAUAUCGCCUGCUGCUGGCGAAAGCCCAAUAACAGCAUAUGGACCCGUGCCUCCGAUAAUGACCGAUUUCGUCAAAUUCUUCGAGUCAGGAGCAAAUCUGUUUUGCGAGGGUGUAUUCCGGACAGCAGGCUCAGCUCGAGUCAUUCGCGAGCUCCGAGAGAAAAUCAACAGCGGAUCGGGAAUUGGGUUCGCCGAGUUGACAGAAGCAGAUGUUCCUGCUGUCGCCACUCUAUUCAAACAGUGGCUUCGUGAGAUUCCUGAAGGAAUCAUUCCGAAGCUACACUUCCACCAAUUUGUCGAGGCUGGAGAAUGCAUCAAGGCUCUGCCGGAAACAAACGCUGCUUCGCUCAUGUACUUGCUUGAGUUCCUCGUGUUUGUAUCAGCACACGAACAUCACAACAAAAUGGGGAUCGACAACCUCGCAAUCGUAUUUGGCCCAACGCUAUUCCAGUGCCCGAGUUCUCAGGACGAUGAUCCGCAAGCCUAUCUUUCCGAAAGUGUUCAAACAACCAAAAUCCUCAAGUUUCUUCUGCUUCACUUUGGAGAAAUCAAACAAAUCGCACCGGCAAACCAUCAGCGACUCCCCAAGCACAUGAAAAACAAGAGCCUCAACAUUGUGACAGAUACGCCAACCGGUCAUCAGCAAACGAAAAAAGUGUCGUUUGAGUCGUCUCUUCGGUCACUGGCAACGCCCCUGACCCCAUUCACGCCAUUCACGCCGCUCACACCGCUAACUCCACGAACUCCAAUGACCAAAUCGGUACCAGCUUUGGAAAAAUCCAAUGGAAGCGUGCAGCUGACCGUCCCCACCUUUGGAAUCGCAAAUCUAGAAGAGCGGACAUCACCGGGUCAAGACGCUCUCGAUCGUCUUGAGCUCAAGCGUCGUGCUGAAAAUCGCCCGUAUGUUCUCGACGACAUGACGAUCACGCAGCUUUGCCAAGAAAAAGUCGACAUCAAGCGAGAGAUAUACGAGCUUAGAAAGUCUACCGAAACCGAUCAACAGAGCGGUUUCGAAGACCAUGACAUCUUGCGCGAGCUCUAUCGAAGGUUGAAAAAACUGCGCUAUGAAAAGAAGGUCCUGCAGAUCAAGUUGCACGCCUAUCAGGAUGAAUUCAUGCAGCGGAUGGGACGACCCGUGCAAACAUCCAGAGAUAGAGCUCCCAUCCAAGUUGAUUAUUUGCGGUACAAGGAAUUGAAAAUGAUCCUGAAGGAAUACGAGCAACCGUGCCAAGAAUCAUAG